GCUGCUUCUAAGGAGGCUGAAGCUGCUCGCUCUGCGCCCAAGCCUAUGUCACCCUCGGAUUUCCUGGAUAAGCUAAUGGGGAGAACCUCUGGAUAUGACGCCAGGAUCAGGCCCAACUUUAAAGGUCCCCCGGUGAAUGUGAGCUGCAACAUUUUCAUCAACAGCUUUGGUUCCAUUGCUGAGACAACGAUGGACUACAGGGUCAACAUCUUCCUGCGCCAGCAGUGGAAUGACCCCCGGCUGGCCUACAAUGAAUACCCGGACGACUCUCUGGACCUGGACCCAUCCAUGCUGGACUCCAUCUGGAAACCUGACCUGUUCUUUGCCAACGAGAAGGGGGCCCACUUCCACGAGAUCACCACAGACAACAAACUGCUGAGGAUCUCCCGGAACGGGAACGUCCUCUACAGCAUCAGAAUCACCCUGACCCUGGCCUGCCCCAUGGACUUGAAGAAUUUCCCCAUGGAUGUCCAGACAUGCAUCAUGCAACUGGAAAGCUUUGGAUACACCAUGAAUGACCUCAUCUUUGAGUGGCAGGAGCAGGGAGCUGUGCAGGUGGCAGAUGGACUAACGCUGCCCCAGUUUAUCCUGAAGGAGGAGAAGGACCUGAGAUACUGCACCAAGCACUACAACACAGGCAAAUUCACGUGCAUCGAGGCGCGGUUCCACCUGGAGCGCCAGAUGGGCUACUACCUGAUCCAGAUGUACAUCCCCAGCCUGCUCAUCGUCAUCCUCUCGUGGAUCUCCUUCUGGAUCAACAUGGAUGCCGCACCCGCCCGCGUGGGCCUGGGCAUCACCACCGUGCUCACCAUGACCACCCAGAGCUCUGGCUCCCGGGCGUCCCUGCCCAAGGUGUCCUAUGUGAAAGCCAUUGACAUUUGGAUGGCGGUGUGCCUGCUCUUCGUGUUCUCAGCCCUGCUGGAGUACGCUGCUGUCAACUUUGUGUCUCGGCAGCACAAAGAGCUGCUCCGAUUCAGGAGGAAGCGAAGACAUCACAAGGUAGGCCUUUGGGUCACUGCCUCAGGAGGGGCAGCUGGCAGUAAAUGGAAGAGCUUCCGGCACCCUUGUCUGUGACACUUUUUUCACUGAACCAUCCUUCUCAAUGGGUAAGGCAGGCACAGAAUAGGGAUUAAAAGUCUAGAAGUCCUAACUUCCCCUCCCAUAUUAAAUGAUGCCCUGAUUGGAUCUACAGGAACCACUCUUCCCACCAUAACACAACAGAAAUUAGCAGGUUACACCUGGACGCAGAAUGAUAGGGCCAAGAUAACAACAGACUGUGUACUAAGCAUCCAGGCUGA